AUGGGGGAUCAGUUUGAUCCUGAUCCGGCGACCAUGCAAGCAGCCAUCACUCAGCUGGUGGGACUGGUGACAGGGCUGCAAGGCGAGGUGCAGCGCCUGGCGACACUGCAAGCGACCCCCCCGGCAGCUCAGGCAGCACCCGCACAGGCUGCAAGCUCAGAGGUACCAAACAUCCAAGACGACGAGCUGCUCGACCGCUUCGUCCGAGGGCUCAAGCCGCGCACGCGCAUGGAAGUUACCAUGCGCGAACCGGCCACCUUUGAGGACGCGGUCAAGCUGGCGGACCGCAUGGACUCCCUCUUCUCCCCCGGGUUUGGGUUGGAUCGCCAGCCAAAAGGGCGAUCAACCACCUACACCCCGGUCCCUAUCCUCUCUCGUCCUGCUUCUAACCCUGUCGCUGACCCUGUUCCUAUGGAGAUCGAUGCAUUGAGACGUAGGCUGCUCCCGCUAACCGAUGCCGAGAGGGAUCGGUUACGGAAGAUUGGUGGUUGUUUCAGGUGUCGCCAGACUGGUCACAUUGCGACUAACUGCCCUCUUGGUACCUCCUCCCCUGCGCAGAACCCCCGGGUCAAUCAAGCCGAGCGCUCGGCAACACCCACCGAGCACCCGGACCUGAUCGACUUCGGCCCUGAGCCUAGGCUUCCGGAAAACUUCACGCCCCAGUAG